CACCAAUAAAGUUCCAAAGAUCUUGGUAUUUGGCAACUUCCAGGUUCAUCUGGGGUUUGGGAGACAGUCAUCGCUAUGAGAACACAGCAGAAAAAUCCAUUCCUGCGUCCUUUUGCGGAGCUCUGGAGACACUCCACCUGCUCUCUCCCUCAAACAACAAACAGAUCUCUGGUGUUUGAGCCAAAAUGUGCUACCUUUAUAGCAUUUCCUAGUUCCAGUUGCAAGAAGCUCCUCUCGACCCUUUAAAAAAAAAAGAAUAAAAGAAGAGAAAUGACAAACAACACUUUCGCAAAGCAUUCCGGGAGAGGUAGUCCCGAGACGAUGGGAUUCGAAAGGGAGGUCCAGCGCGCCAGAAUCCAAUUCCUAUAUGCCUAGCACCAGGGGCCGCUGCCCGGAUGUGGAAGGGGCAGUCGCCAUCUUGAGAGAGAGCCGAGACGCUGCCGGCUGUGGACCGAGCCCCAGGGGCUCAUCCGCGGCCGCCAGCUUUGAGAACCGAGACCUCCCGGGCUGGUUUUUCUCUUUUCUCACAGAUGCCUUAUUGUGAAAAUUAAGCUAAUCUUUGGGACAUGGUAAAAAAAAAACCUAGGAAGUGAAACAUGCAAUAAAAAACUGAAAUCAACAGAAGAGGCUUAUACUAAUAUUCCAUGAUGGUGGUAACCAUUUUCACACAUCCUAAGAGAAAACAGAGAACAACAGGAUACCUUUAUCCAUCUUUGAUGACAAAGAAAAUGGAAAAACUCAGGAGAGCAAGACUGAAACUACAAUUUUGUUGAAACCUUUGGGGAAUGUAAUCUCUCAUAGUAGGCCAGAUAUCAUUGAAUCAUUUCAUUCAAAAGGCCUACAGCAUGCAGAUCCUACAUCCAUGAAUAUCAGUGUGGUAUCUAGAAAUAACUGUACUUAUGUCUCUGGAAAUAUUAAAAAAAUUAGAAUGGAAGGAAAUCUCAAGGUAGCUAUCCCAGUUAGUGGAGAGGAAGUGGAAUAUAGCACAAGCAAAGCAUUCAUAGGGCCUAUUUACAAAAGUCCUGAGGAAAAUAAACGAGACAAAAGAAAACAUCAUAUACAAAAAAUCAUUGGUGGAGUGGAAAACAAACAGAACCCUUCUUCUAAUGAACUGGAUAUAGACAAUGAAUUAUCUCAGUUUUACAAAGAAAUUCAGGAGCUUGAGAGUGAAAAAGAAGAUUUGGAAGGCAAUUGUCAGGAAUUUAAAUCCCCUCAUGAGCAAUUUAGCUUAUAUUAUCAAGGCCAUUAUGAUGACAGUUUAAAAUAUGAUGAAGAAAAGAAAGAUACUUGGUUUAGUGCUAUAUAUUCACCCCCUGGUGAUGAGCAAUAUUUUAGUAAUGAGCCAGUUGGUUGGAACACUGCAUAUGCAGUUAAUGGACAAAUGGAACCUACAUUUUUUAACAACCCAGUUCCUUCCUUUAGGCCUGAAUGGCAACCAGUGGAAUCCUCUUUAGUUCCUCAUGGCCAUUUUCCUUCUGGCUUCAAUUAUCAUUUAAAUUUUCAAAGAUUUAAUCCAUCUCCAUCUCCACCACCAAAUGUUUUCCAUGCUCAAGAUGUUAAAUUAUGUGAAAUGUACAAUGGAUGUAAUGUAAACAGUGGCAACACAAAUUGGAAUUGUCCGACAUUUGAUCAGACUAACAGAUAUUCUGAUUGUGAUGGGAGGAACGGUAUCAUACAGGCCCCUCGAAAUGGCCACAGUGAACAAGAUGGACGAGAAAGUAAUGGUUUCUGUGAAACAAGAGAAGAAUCUUGGGAAGACCCUUCUCUAUUCCAGAUUGAGAAAACAGACAGGCUUAUAAACCAGCAGUUCCAAGAGGAAAAGCUAAAGAGGCUACUUAUCCUUUUAAGAGGCCUGCCCGGUUCAGGGAAAACAACAUUGUCUCGUGUUCUGCUUGGUCAGAAUCGUGGUGGCAUUGUCUUCAGCACUGAUGAUUAUUUUCGACAUCGAAAUGGGUAUACAUAUAACGUUAGACAGCUUGGUGACGCCCAUGACUGGAACCAGAGCAGAGCAAAGAAAGCUAUUGAUCAGGGAAGAUCUCCAGUUAUAAUAGAUAACACUAAUACCCAAGCUUGGGAAAUGAAACCUUAUGUGGAAAUGGCUAUAGGCAAAGGAUACCGAGUGGAAUUCCACGAACCUGAAACAUGGUGGAAAUUUGAUCCUGAUGAAUUAGAAAAGAGGAAUAAACAUGGGGUGUCUCGUGAAAAGAUUGCACAGAUGUUGGAUCAUUAUGAAUAUAAAAUGUCCAUCUCUAUUGUAAUGAAUUCAGUGGAGCCUCCACAUAGAAGGUCUGAGAGACUUCGAAGACAGAGAGAAGAAAAUUUGAAGAAAACUGGACAGAAACCUAGCAGAGCGAGUCAGAGGAGAAACAGGAGAAGAAAUAGGAAACUGAAGAAUAGUAAUGGUAACUGUAUGGAGAAAGGUUCAUAUGGAACCCUAAAUCAUCCUGUGCCAGAGGAUGAGGGCACAUCUGAAAGUGAAGGACAUUACUCAGAAGAAGAGAAUGAUGGAAAUUUAGUGUCCAUGUCCAUUGGAGAUCUGGGAUGUACAUCAGAUUCUAUAAAUGAACACAGUGAGGAAAGUAAUAAAAGCCUAAAACCAGAACUUGGAAAAGAAAGUGUUUCUAAUGCUCAAUCUGUCAUGUCUGUAACUCUGGAAAGUACACCAAGGUCUGACUCGACUGCAGAAAGUGACAACUUGUAUCCGUUAAGCUUGACAUCCAUUCCCCAUGAAAAUGCAGUUGGAUACGUGUUUAAUCAUCAGACAAUGGUUCAAAACUUUGUAGGAAGACAGAAUAAUUCCUGUGUACCAAGUGUUGAAUGCUCUGAAAUGAAGGCUGUGGUGUUUGGCAUUAAGGAUAGAGUUGUAUCUGCGAAGGCCACAGGUGUUCUCACAGAGGAGGAGAACAUGUCAGCUGAAAGCCCCACUGAUGAAGAAAUGCUGCUUACUAAAGGAAAAUUUGACUCUUCAUGUGAAAAUUUAAAAUAUGGGCACAGAGCAAAUAGGAAUCAAACAAAUUGUUGGGCUUUUUUCUCAGCCACAUUGUCUGAUGAAAAACUGGAGUGGGAUUUGGUCACACAGCCCUCUUUUGCUGGUUGGCCUGAGGGGCCUCAUAACUUUAUAAAUCCACAGAGACAAAAGAAAGUUAGGUGUUCCAGACAGACUUGUCCUGCUGGCCCUGGGGAGCUAAUGAGAUUUGUCCACAGAUAUGAAAACACAGAACCAGAAAACCAUGUGCAAGGACUGAUGGAGGAGAAUGCUGAUGCAUUAAGAAAUGAGGAGCUGACGUCUUCUCCAAAUAAACCUAAAGACCUAAUUCCAUUCAUAGAGUCAGAAACUAAUGUCCUUAGAAGCAACUUGCCUGAAAUAUAUGUCCAAAGGAAAACAUCAGCAGCAGUAAUUACUAAGAAGGGAAGACCCAAAAGGAUUUUUAAUUUGGCUCCAAACUUUCACCUGCCAAGACAAGCUGUGGUUAGUGUAGAGGAGAACAGAGAUGCUCAGUUAACAGAUAGUCACACAUUUAAAAACGUUUUGGUUGUAGAACAUGACAGAAUUUCAGAAGUGAAUCAUGAAGAGAAGAAUAAGCCAGAAGGGAUGGCUCUCCAAAAUAAUCCAUCACGAUUUAACCAGGAUUAUCCCAUAGAUCUUGCAUCCAACCCUAGAGGAGAAUUUCAGUCUCAUGAUGUAUCAUUCAGUCAGCUGAGACAGACUUUGUGUCUUCCCCAAAGGGCUGUUUUGAAGUUUUUGUUUACAAAUGAGAAAAGAAUUCUGAUGUUUAAAUCGCAGACAGUGGGAAAUAGGCCGAAUGAAAUGGAACUGAUUUCUUUGGAAAUCGCAAAUCAAAAGCCUGAUAUUGUAUUAUCUGCUAAAGUUUCUUCUGAGCAUCCUGGUGUUGACUUUGAUAUUUUUUCUGGAAGUUUUGGUGUCAGUGUCCACAAAAGAAAUGCAUCCAAGUCGUCACAAUGCGUACAAGCUGAAGACGGUGGAGACUCACGAAGUGUUGUGCCUAGCUCCUUUGGUCUGCCCUUAUCCCAGAGAUUUGCUUUCCAACUUGUAAAUCUAUUUGGAUCUCCUGGAGUUCCAAUAGAGUCUUUGUUGCUUGAUGACUAUGUAGUUACCCUCGACUGGAAAACAUUAAAGAUGAUCUAUUUACAGUGGAAGACAUCAGUAGAGGAACGACAGAAGAAGAUUAGAAAGGAAAAUGAAAAUUCCUUGAUUGUUAAUGCGACUAGCCUUCAUGAUACAGAGAAACCUGAUCAUCAAGAGAGUCAAGGAUAUUGUAAAACACUUUCAGAAACAAACUUUUCCGAAGUCAACAUAAAGGAUAAUUUCCAGGCCAAUACAAGUCCCAUUUUGGAAACUACAUCCAGUCAUUCUUGAAGAAUUAUUUGAAUAAAAUGCUGCAUCAAAGAGAAAGCUUCAAAAGACACUUCUUCAGAGCUGAGACUAUGUCUGGAUUUUCUGUUCCUCAUUUUCAUUUUGGCUAAAGUUAAUCUAACUGAAGACUGUAUUUCUUCAUUAGCAAUGCUUAAUAGAUGGCUUUGCUUAUUUCCUUCCAUUUAAGAAAGAAAAAAGAAAAAAAAGCCACAAGGCUGUUUCUGGCUUAAAUAGGAAACAGGUCAUUUGAAAAAGUACCUGGAAUUUCUUCUAGACUGCAAGCUUAAUAAUAAUCAGCAGUUCAAUAUGACAAUCCAAAAAAGCAAAUUGAUCUUAGAUUGCAUUAACAUUGGUGGGCUCCUUGGCCAAACGUAUCUGAAACGCAGUAUUCAGUUCUGGGUAACACAUUUCAUGAAGGGCAUUGAAAAGAAGCUGGUGACUGGGAUGGUUAAAGGCCUCAAGAUUAUGCUACCUUUAUAUUUCAUCUCUCUGGAUUCUGACCCUUCUUCCAGCUGACAGAGUUAUUUUGUGAGGCAGUGUGAUUCAUCUGACAUAUCAGCCAUCUUUCUUCCAAUUCAUGUUAGUGGCGGAUUUUAUAAGUAUGUAGUCUUUGUCCUCAUAUUAGUCACCCAUAAAAAUGUUUAAUAGAAAUAGGGCUGAGGACUGAGCCUUGACAGUGAUCAUUCUUUUGGUCCUCUCAUUAAAGCAGUUAUGAAUCCACCUAAUUACAUUAUAAUCCUGAGCACAUUUCUCCAUCUUGUCAACAAAGACAUGUGGGCCUUUAUCUAAUGCCUCACUACAAUUGAGUUAAUCUAUGUAUAUGCUAUUUCUUUGCUCUUUCAUCCUGGUAACUCAGUCUUGGGAGGUGAUAGGUGGCCUGUUCAGACUGUGUUUAGAGCAUUCAGUUCAGGGUGCUAUAUUUUAGGAAGAAUGUUCACAAGUUGGAGAUAGUGUGGCAUAGUGUAUAAAUACCUGAUCUCAAAACCAAGAAGACCUGGGUUCAAGUCCCACUUCUGACACAUACUGGUUUUGUGACACUGGACAAAUUUCUUAAUCUCUCAGUAAUCUGGACAACUCUCUAAGAUUACAAAUUGUAGAGACGGUACUGACCUGCAACUGGUAGAAUGAAUUUCCUCUAUACCAGUACUCCCUAUACUGAGAAUUCCCUAUACCAAUGAAAUUAUAGGCCCAGUCCCCAUACCCUCUCUUAUUGACAAGUUAAACCAUGUCCAUUGGGAAAGGGGUGGUGAUGACCAGAAUAUAAAUAGGAAAGAGAAAAUUUGGAGUGGGUCUAUGGACAUGAAAACUGUCUUCAAAUAAUUUGUUCCAUUUGGCCCCAGUGGGCAGAAGUAGAAUAAUGGAUGCAAAACACAGGGAAGUGGAUGAAGGAGAGAUUUCCCCUCCCCACAGGGCAUUAAACAAACUCCUUUUUGCAAAUGUUGUGGAGAGAAUUCAUAUUCAGACACAGUCUGAACUAGAUGGCUCUAAUAUCCCUUCUAACUCUGAGAUUCUGUGACGUUGAAUGAAUCUGGCUUUUUUUUUCUUAGUAAACCUAUUCUUCAUGCUUAGUGAUUACCAUGUCUCUUUACAAAUGUUCACAAACCAUCUAUUUAAUCAUCUGUUCAGAAAUUUUGUUGGGGUUCAUAGGUGUGUAAUUUGAGGAAUCUAUUCCCAUAUGUUCUUGAAAACCAGGACCAUAUUUGCCUUUUUCUGGUCCCAGAGUACCUCACUUGUCUCCAUAGUUUCUCAAAGAUCACUGACAACAGUUCAGUAGUGGUAUCUAUGAGUUUUUUGGGGCCUCAGUUUCUUUAUCUUUAAAAAGAUUGGGUAGGAUUAAAUGAUUCCCUAAGGUCUUUCAGCCUAAAUUCUGUGCUUCAGGCAUGGGUUCUAGACCUUACUCUGCCAUUUUCUAGUCACCUGAGUUUAGAUAGGCCACCUCUCUGGCUCUCAGUUUUCUCAUAUGUAUAUUUCUCUAUAACAGAGGGAUAACUAUAUAUAUGUGCUCUGCCUGUCUCAUAAGACUGUGAAGAUCAAAUGAGAUCAUGAAUGAGAAAGUACUUUUACUAUUAUUACUAUUAACACCUCAAAGUGUUAUAC